AGGACGUAGAAGCGGGGGGCGUUCCUUAUGCCUGGGGGCGGGACUGUGUGCUGGCUGCAAUUUCCUCUCCUUCCUCCUGAGGCCUGACCCCCACCAGUUGCUUUUUUAAAGUUUGACCAGUUGCAAUUUUGUUUUAUUCCCCGCCCCCUCUUGCUAAUGGAAGGGGAACCCUGCCUGGUUGGACGAGCGCACGCCUGAAAUCAGUCCACUCAGGCGAAGGGGGGCGGGGCGGGAAUUUGGAAGUGACACGGGUUUCCGUGCUGUGGUUGCAAGAGAGGAUCUUGCAAGUAACCGACCUUCACAGGGGGAACGAGGUGGAGGCGACGUUCCGUUUCUUCCCGGGGAACGUUCCACAAACUUUGGCGCGCGCUCCCCAGGGACAGUUUUGUAGCUGUUGCAAAUUGCAAAAAAAGACUCUCUUUCCCCUUUGCAAAAGCUCAGCAAGCAGCGCAGAAAGAGGAGGUGAUGGCGUGCCUGGAAGAGGAGAUCCGGGCGCGGCUGGAGUGUGCCGGCCAGUCCCACUUGAUGCGCUUCUGGGGCGAGCUGGACCCGGCGCAGCGAGACUCGCUCCUGGAGUCGCUGGCGAAACUGGACGCCGAGGAGCUGGGCGAACAUUGCCGGAGGGCGGCGGAGGCCUGCGCGCGGGAGGAAGAGCCGCGCCAGGAGAGACUGGGCUGCCGGAUAGAGCCCAUCCCUCCAGAGUUUUUCGGCAGCGUCUGCAGGAGCGACCCGCGGACUUUGGAGCAGUGGGAGGAAGAGGGUAAGGCCAGGAGAGACCUGGCUUUUGGUAGCCCUUUUGACCUCUGGGGGUUGCAGGUGGAGGAUGAACAAGCAGUUGGAACGUUGUGGGUUACGGUGUUAACUUUUCGCUGUAGAACCUCGGCGCAAAGGUAGUCUACCUGAGACUGCCGGAGGUCGGGUGCAUGUGGUUGUACCUGCCUGCCUACGUGCGCUUCCCAGAGGCACCUGGUUGGAUAAUGAUGGACCUUUGGUCCGAUCCAUUAGUGCUUUAAUUUUCGGAGAGUGGGCGUGUGGAGAACGGACUACUGUACAUUAUUGGUUCUGUUCUUGUAACGCCGCCUUUCCUUGGUCGGUCACGCCCACUUAAUCAGACAUACCCACAGACACACCCACCUACCCCUUUGGUCGCACCUUCCUCGGCAAAGGCCGUUUCGGAAUACAGUACUGUAGUGGACGACAUAUAAACCGGCAUAUUUUUCUUCUUCAUUGUUCCAUGUAGAAACAACCUGAAUGAAGAAAGGAAGAUUGCACAACUUUCGCACACAGUAAAAUAAGUUUUGUGCCACCUAAAAUUGUACAUUUAGACACCAGGAAACUGUUCCCUUGCGUUGUCUGUGGCCCAAAAUGCUGUUGUUGAGUAAAACAUUUUAAGGAGUGAUGCCCCCUGUAAGCCAGCCUUCUUCCUCCAUCUUGAUAAUCUCCCGUUGCCAUUGGUGGCAAUAUUUGGCUAGGGGCUGUUGGGAGUUGUAGUCCACCUGUUUAUGAAGGGCGCCAUGUUGGCAAAGCCUUCAGUGUUUGCAAAAUACAAUUUGGCCUGCCUGGGUGUCCGUUUGCUGUGUGCUUUGGGGUGGGUCAAAACUUGCCUUGGGUGCUGUGCAAACACCAGUUCUGCGUUAAGAGUACUUCUGCACCUGUGUUACAUAAUUUUAAUACCUUUAACAAAAUUUAUAUACUGUUUGGUUAUUUGACAGAAAACCUCUGAGCAGUUUACAAAGAGACUUGGGACUGAGGAUUCCAACCAACUGCCUAGAAGACCAAAGAACCACUGGGCAUGUGUAGAUAGAGCUGAAGUAAAGCACACUCUGACAUCAUCAGGACCUAGGGCUACUAGAGGCUUUGUCCCCCGCCUCUAAGUACUAAGUACAGUGGUACCUCGGGUUACAUACGCUUCAGGUUACAUAUGCUUCAGAUUACAGACUUCGCUAACCCAGAAGUAUUACCUCGGGUUAAGAACUUUGCUUCAGGAUGAGAACAGAAAUCGUGCUCCGGCAGCGCGGCGGCGGAAGGAGGCCCCAUUAGCUAAAGUGGUGCUUGAGGUUAAGAACAGUUUCAGUUUAAGAAUGGACCUCCGGAAUGAAUUAAUUACUUAACCCGAGGUACCGCUGUAAUACUGUCUGGGAUUGCUUUUUACCUUCUCCUUCCCAGUUCCUUUUCCUUUUGUGUUGUAUAUUUUUGGUGGAAAGUCUGAGGGAAGAAACCGACUUAACUGUCAUCAUAAGCUGCUCUGGGCGCUUACGAGUUGGAGUAAAAGUACUUCAAAUAAUUUAAAUUCCCAGGCAUUGCCUCAGUUUUUAAAGCUUCUUCUGGAGCUGUCAGACCUGUUCAGCGAUGAGGGGAAAGAAGGCAGCUGGGUCCACAGAAAUUGCACAAUCACACCUGUGCCUCUUUCAGAUGAUUCUUGCUUGGGGUGCGGGUAGGGGGCUUCCAGGCCCCCAAAGGAGCCUCUCACCCUGUGCACUGUCUCCAAGGGCAGCCCCCCGGACUGCAGUUGAUAAUCUCUUAAUCUCAGGGUCUUAAUCUCAGGGUCGUGGGUUUGACAAAAGAUUGGGCAAAAGAUACCUGCAUUGCACUUGACGGCCCUCGUGGUCCUUUCCAACCGUGAUUUGAACGAGAUAUAUAUUUCCUCCGGUGAUCUUUCUCUUGUCUCCUUCAAGGGCUCCGUAAGAUCUCCCAGAACAAGGUGGCCGUGCUCCUUCUGGCUGGAGGGCAAGGGACACGCCUCGGGGUGCCUUACCCGAAGGGCAUGUAUGAUGUGGGGCUGCCGAGCCAUAAGACCCUCUAUCAGAUCCAGGCGGAGCGGAUCCGCAGAGUGGAGCAGCUGGCUGGUGAUAAGUUUGGAACUCGCUGCACAGUCCCUUGGUGGGUAGCUGGCUCCUGGGGUCUUAAGGCACUGGCCAGUGGCUCUUGUGGUCACAUGGUGUCCCAAAAUUCUUUGCUGUUGUUCCUUUUGCUGAGUGGUAGGGAGGUUUUACGCCAAUCUGAUGCACUCUUCUUGGAGCCAGUGUGGUGUAGUGGUUAAGAGCGGUGGACUCGUAAUCUGGUGAACCGGGUUCGCUUCCUCACUCCUCCAGAUGCAGCUGCUGGGUGACCUUGGGCCAGUCACACUUCUCUGAAGUCUCUCAGCCCCACUCACCUCACAGAGUGUUUGUUGUGGGGGAGGAAGGGAAAGGAGAAUGUUAGCCACUUUGAGACUCCUUAGGGUAGUGAUAAAGCAGGAUAUCAAAUCCAAACUCUUCUUCUUCUUCUUCUUCUUGGUUUGCAGUGUGACUCCCAUUGGCAAAGUCUGUUUAGACCAGGGGUUGGCAACCUUUGGCCCAUGGGCCACAAGCAGCCCACGGGGGUCAUUUAACUGGCCCCUGAGCCGCCCCCGAGCUGAGCUGGCCACUUGGUGAGUCCCCGCCUGCUGUGCUAAACCAGUGCAGUACCGAGCUGGGACUCGCUUCUGUAACGCCGGAAAUCACAUCUGCGCAUGCGCAGACGCCGAAAAUUGCGGGCGGGCGAUCCGGCCCACGGAGGGAUCUCCGCUGGAGUGAACUGGCCCAGGCGAGGUAAACCUUGCCGGCCCCUGGUUAAACAUUUAACUAGGAUAUUUCCAAAGCUCCAAAAAUAUCAGGACUGUCCCCUGAAAUCUUUGUCAGAUAAUCAGCUGAAUGUUAAUCAGUUGGUUAAACAUACAUAAAUUUGCAUGUAACUGAAACAGUACCUCCAGAGAGGGGGAGAAGCAUAUUCGGGACUUUUCACUUUAAGAGGUGAGUAAGGGGUGACACAGGACGCGGGUAGCGCUGUGGGUUAAACCACAGAGCCUAGGACUUGCCGAUCAGAAGGUUGGCGGUUCGAAUCCCCGUGACGGGGUGAGCGCCCGUUGCUCGGUCCCUGCUCCUGCCAACCUAGCAGUUAGAAAGCGCGUCAAAGUGCAAGUAGAUAAAUAAGUACCGCUCUGGCGGGAAGGUAAACAGCGUUUCCGUGCGCUGCUCUGGUUUGCCAGAAGCGGCUUAGUCAUGCUGGCCCCUGACCGGGAAGCUGUACGCCAGCUCCCUCAGCCAAUAAAGCGAAAUGAGCGCCGCAACCCCAGAGUUGUCCACAACUGGACCUAAUGGUCAGGGGUCCCUUUACCUUUAAGGGGUGACACAAUAUAAGUUUAUAAAAUGACAUAUUCAUGGUGUGGGGAAAGUUUCCCUCCCUCCCUCAUAAUACUAGAAUUCAUGGACAUCCAAUGAACCUGAAUGCUGGAAUGACUUAUUCACUCAGCGCAUAGUUAAACUGUGGAACUCCCUCCCACAGGAGGCAGUGAUGGUCACCAACCUGGGUGGCUUUAAAAGGGGACUGGACAAAUUUGUGUUAGAGGAGAGAGCCAUCAGUGGCUCCUAGCCCCAGUGGCUCUGCUCUGCCUCCACAGUCAGAGGCAGCAACAGUGCUGAACCAGUUGCUGGAAGCUACAAGAGGGAAGAGGGUUCUUGGGCUCUCAGUCCUGUUUGGGGUUUUCCCACAGGCAUGUGGCUGGGCCCUGUGAAAACAGGGCUCUGUUUGGGGCUGGGCGAUACCUGGUUUUUAGCAUGGUCAUAUAUCACCACCUAAACAUCACAAUGUGUAAAUACCGUAUUUUUUGCUCUAUUAAGACUCAAUUUUCCCUCCCAAAAAGUAAGGGGAAAUGUGUGUGCAUCUUAUGGAGCGAAUGCAGGCUGCGCAGCUAUCCCAGAAGCCGGAACAGCAAGAGGGAUUGCUGCUUUCACUGCGCAGUGAUCCCUCUUGCUGUUCUGGCUUUUGAGAUUCAGAAUAUUUUUUUUCUUGUUUUCCUCCUCCAAAAACUUGGUGCGUCUUGUGGUCCGGUGCGUCUUAUAGAGCGAAAAAUACGGUAUAUCACAAUAGCUGAAAUAAAGAUAGAGCUAUGUAGAAGCAUUGGUUGGCUUCACAGAUUCCCCCCCCUCCCCCUGCGUUGUGAUCUUUGCAUGGCAUUGCUGUUCACUUCUGUGUUUUUGAAUCUUCAAAAUAAAGGCAUGUUCCUGUCCUUGUCAUGCUCGCUUGUCAUGCCCUGGGUGUGCCCAACUGCAAAAAUACUACUACUACUACUACUACUACUACUACUAAAUUUUUAUUUAUAUCCCGCCCUCCCCAGCCAAAGCCAGGCCCAGAGCGGCUAACAACAGUAAAAGUAACACAGUUUACAUAAAUCACAAUCUAUUAAUUGAAAUACAUUCUACAAUCAAUUCAUUCUAAAAUCAAUUCAGAAUCAAAUUAAUGGCCACCAUUAGGCUAAAGUUCUGUGAAGAUUGCCAAAGAAGGGAGUCAGACUGUGCCUUGGCCAAAGGCCUGGUGGAACAGCUCUGUCUUGCAGGCCCUGCGGAAAGAUGUCAAGUCCUGCAGGGCCCUAGUCUCUUGUGACAGAGCGUUCCACCAGAUCGGGGCCAGUGCUGAAAAGGCCCUGGCUCUGGUUGAGGCCAGCCUAACCUGUCUGUGGCCCGGGAUCUCCAAGAUGUUUUUGUUUGCAGACCGUAAGGUCCUCUGUGGGACAUACCAGGAGAGGCGGUCCCGUAGGUACGUGGGUCCUAGGCCACAUAGGGCUUCAAAGGUUAAAACCAGCACCUUAAACCUGACCCUGUACUCCACCGGGAGCCAGUGCAGCUGGUAUAGCACCGGCUGAAUCUGAUCCCGCGGCAAGGACCCCAUUAGGAGUCUUGCCGCGGCAUUCUGCACCCGCUGGAGUUUCUGGGUCAGUCUCAAAGAAACGUUCUCUGCUUGCUUUGUUUGUGUGAAUCCAACCCUGCUGGUUUCCUUGUCCAGUGCUUCUAACUGCAGUGCCCUGUCUGCCUUCCCGGCAGGUACAUUAUGACCAGUGAGUUCACUUUGGGACCAACAGAGAAAUUCUUCCAGGAGCACAACUACUUUAACCUGGAGAAGUCCAACAUCAUCAUGUUUGAGCAGAGGAUGCUCCCAGCCGUGGCAUUUGAUGGGAAAGCAAUCUUGGAAGAGAAAGGGAAGAUUGCCAUGGCGCCAGGUAUACAUCAGCUUUCCUAAAGUUGGGAAAGUGUUACGUCUUGCUUGGGAGCUUCUGAAGGCCUCUCACUGGCACCGUUUUGAAUAUUCGAGUGAAAAGGGGCAUUGUAUGUAGCAAAUCCUUCACAUGUGGCAGGUGCAGAGCUUUCUCGUAGCAGCACAGCUGUAUCAUUUUUCUUUUUCAGAAUUGAUUUAUUAUUUUUUUAAAUGCAACCACAACAAAAGGAAAGGGAACAAUAGAUCGAAAGCACCAUACCUUGGAAGGACAAAAGUACAGAGUUAAAGUACAGGUCCAAAGGGAUGAUACAGUAUUAACUCAUACAAAGAUUCCCUUUACAAAUAAUGAAGAUUUAUAAAAAUAAAAGUAUUAUCCGCCUGUGAGUUGCAUUGUUAUUGAGAGUAAAGGUUCUAUAUAGCUUUAAGUGAGCCAGACAUUUACAUAUACUGAUUGCACUGAGUGACCAUGUCCCUCAAUGUUUGUACUGUAUAGGGAAUACAAUUGUAUACAAUUGUAUAGAGAAUACAAUCAUGCCAUAUAAUAAAUACUAUUAAAAUAAUUAUUUAUUAGGUCUCUUAUCUGCCCUUCACUGUGAAGUUCUAGGAUGGGUUUCAUUUUAUUUAUUUAUUUUAAAAAUUGUUUGUUUAUGGUAUUUGUACCCUGCUCUUCAGCCUUAAAGACUCCCAGAGCGGGUUACAUAGUCAAAACAAGAUAGUCCCUACCUGCAGGCUUACAAUCCAAAAAUAAAAGACAGAAUAUUACAAUCAAUAGGAUAGGAUAGGAUGUGUCCUAAAAUAUAUAUCUCAGCUUUCAAAGGCCAGAGUAAGGCCGUAUUUUAUCAGCCUGAAAGAUCAGGGAACCAUCUUUCCCUUUGACCUGCACCCCUGAAGGUGGGCUGCCUAUAUUUUUAAAAUUGCAAGUGCUACAUGUGCAUUUGUUUGGUUAUACAUUCCUCCACCACCAUUUACAAGCAGUGGUAAAACUGGUUACAGAGAUUGCGGGUGAGAGGCAAAGGUGGGUGGUUGAUAGCAUGGAUGCUGGCCAGUUGGUGCUGGUCCUAACCCAGUUUCUGUUUGGUAGUUAACUCAUUCCUUGUGUGUUGCAGAUGGCAACGGUGGUUUGUACCGCGCCCUGAUGGACAACAAGAUCCUGGAGCACAUGGAGCGGUGUGGUGUCCAGUACGUCCAUGUCUACUGUGUGGACAACAUCCUUGUCAAAAUGGCAGAUCCCGUCUUCAUUGGUUUCUGUGUCUCGAAAGGAGCUGAUUGUGGUGCUAAGGUGACAGAGAAAAAAACAUUGGGCAGGGAUGAUCGCACAAUUCCCUUGUGUGCAGGGCGGAGGGCUGUCAUGGUUAAGAAUGAGCAAGGAGGAGCAAAGAUAAGAUCUCCAUCUCUGCUAGAGGUGACUCAUCUUCUGAUGGUCCUUUCAACAUCCAAAUGACAAUUACAUUGCUCAUCAUGGUUAUGCCCUGUGGUACCCCAGGACCCACAGCUGGGGUGUAAGUAAAGGACAAUUGCAUCUUAUGCUUGAUUAAGUUGUGCAGUUUAAACCUUACGUGGUUGAAAGCCAGCUGGCUGAAAUCCCCCAAAUUAAUCGCAUGCAAGGCUUAAAAGAGUCUAAAAGUUGAUUUUGCAUCGGGGGUACGGAAAGAGCUUUUAAGUACUUACUUACUGGGUGCUGGAAGGCUCUUGUGAGGUUUUGUAGGAUUUUGCAGGAGCUUCCCAGAGCCCAGCUUCAAAGCUGUUUUCCUUGCUUGGAUGGUAAGGAUGGUCGUGCAGUGGUGAUUCCAAGGGGGCACUUCGGGUAUACAUAUUUUUGUGCGUAUGCGCCAUCCCCAGAAUGUACCCCCAACACAAGAUGCAGUCGUACUGCUUGUUAAACUACAGUAUUUUUCCGUGUAUAAGACAUGCCCAUGUAUAAGACAACCCUCCCUUUUUUUCAACCCAAAAUUAAGAAAUUAAGUUGUUUAGCUGUGGCGGGUGGGGGAGGUCACUUUGCCAAUCGCUCACGUGCCUGCUCGCCACUGCUGAUCACUUGCCACAGCCACUGGCAAUCGCACACCUUGCCACCAAUUGUCUGUCUGCUUGCCACCACCAACAGCCCACCUGCCCGCUUCCCACAGCCACCAAUCGCCUGCCCAAUUGCCUCAGCCACAGCCAAUCGCCAGCAGGCCUUGCCACAGCCACCAAUCACCCGCCCAAUCGCCACUGCCAAUCUCCUGCUUGCUGCUGCCAUUAAUCACACGUCCCCCCUCUGCAUUCACUAUCCGUGUAUAAGACAACACCCAAUUUUUGCCUAAUUUUUUUAAAGCAAAAAGCAUUGUCUUUUACACGGAAAAAUAUGGUAAUAAAACUGUUGUGGAUUGGGGGCGGGGAGUUUGGUCCUUCCACAUGUGCCCCCCCCCCCCAUAUUUGGUUUUUUUUUUUUAAAUUCCAAAAUUAAGGGGAAAUGUAUGUGCGUCCUAUGGAGCGAAUGCAGGCUCCUUGGCUUCAGCAAUAGGAAUGCGAAGCCUCCGAAGCGCAGAGGGAGCACUUCCGCCGUGCUCCAGAGGCUUCGGGUUGCCUUCACUGAAGCCUGAAGAGCGAGAGGGGUCAGUGCGCAGCGACCCCUCUCGCUCUCCAGGCUUCCAAGGUAGCUGCCUGAAGCCUCCAGAGCGCAGCAGGAACUCCCGCUGCGCUCCGGAGGCUUUGGGUGAACGCACCUUGAACGCACAGAACACACCUUGUUUUAGAGGGGGAGAACAAGAAAAAAAAUUUCUCCCCCUCUGCGCAGUGCCCCUUCAGCGAAGCGGCAGGAGAAAUGGAAGAAAUGUUCCCCCCCUCUAAAACAAGGUGUGUCCUAUGGUCGGGUGCGUCCUAUAGAGCGAAAAAUACAGUAAAUAAGGAGGCCAUAUAAAGGAUAAAGGAAGUCUUUUAUUUGUUGUUUGUAUUGUUGCAUGUUAUGCUCGUUGUAUGUUAUGUUCACAUUUAAUGAGGGUGGAUUGUAUAUUGGGGGAGGUUAUGUUAUGUUGUAAAUAAAAUUCCAAUAAAAAAUAUUUUAAAAAAGAAAAAAGAAUUACCCAGCCCCUCCACCUGCUCAAUCCACUCUUUGCGGUUAUUUAACUUGCUACCUGACUCUGGCCCAAAAAUUUUGUUUGUUUGUUUGUUAAGGUAGUGGAAAAAGCCUACCCCACAGAGCCAGUUGGGGUGGUUUGCUCUGUGGACGGAGUAUAUCAGGUGGUGGAAUACAGCGAGAUCUCCUUGGAAACGGCACAGAGGAGAAACACGGAUGGCCGGUUGACAUACAGCGCUGGAAAUAUCUGCAAUCACUUCUUUAGUCUUGACUUCCUGAAGGCUGUCACAGAGUAAGUCCUGCAGUUGUGCAUGCUCACUUUCCCAUGACCUGUUCCAGAGUUUAUGAGUGUGGGAUCUGCAUCCUGGAAAUCAGUGGGGUGGGAAGGGAUGCAUGCAUUUCUGAGCAUUGUAUCAGGAUUGUGACAAACUGAGCUCCUAGUUGUUGUAAACAAAAUCUGCCCUUUUUCCCUUAUGGGGUAUCCAAGAGCCCAUAUAGAGUCCUUAUGUAGGUUCCCUAUUGGUAGGAGAAAAUAGCAGAGGCCAACCAGAAAAUAUUGAGAAGCAAAGCAGCUCAUAAGCCUGAUCUUUAUUAAAACUGUUGCAACAGGGUGCUCCCCUCACACGUAGGAGAGAGGAGGAACCCAGAACCAAGGUGUGCCUGCCCUUAUAUUUACAUUUUAAAUUCCCUGCCUUGGAGCUCAAGACCACCCCUCCAUACAUCAUAUAUACAUCACAGAAAAGGCGGUCUGCAACAGAAAUUUGAAUGUUGUUGUUUUUCCUGUCUGCCAGGUUGUCUGAUAAUGCCUUAUCUGAUUGCCUUUCCUGGUAGUCUGGCCAUUCCUUUGAGAUGGUGAUUACCCAAUUCCUGAGACAAUGGGAAGGUUCCCUCACCCCCUCCCUCCUUGCAGAGAAAACAUUUGGUCAGUCUGGGAGUCAAAAUGGUUUCAGGGAGUCAAAUUGGUUUCAGGAAGGUCUUCCUGUGCUGCUCCAGACAUAUAUAUAUACAUACAUAUGACCUUAAAAUUCUAUUACAUAGUUUUCUGGUUAGAAGCUGUAGAAUCAUAGUGCUUUAGACUUGGUAGAGGACUCCCAAGGGUCAUCUAGUCCAACCCCCUGCAAUGCAGGAAUCAGAGCUGAGGAAUCCCUGACAGAUGGCCAUCCAAACUCUGUGUGGAAACCUCCAGCGAAGGAGCGUCUACCACCUUCAGAGGUUGCCCGUUCUAUAGCUCUUAAAGCUAUGCGUUUCCAUUUUUAUAGCAGGCAGCUUCAGUAGGCUUUUAAACUCACUUUAUUCAGCAAUACUGCAUGCAGAAGAUAAAAUCUAUAAUGAACACUAUUUCAUGGAGGAUAAAGCUUGGAACGGCUGCCAGCCACAAUGACUAUGCUCUGCCUCCACAUUAAUGUUUCUGAAUAUCAGUUGCUUGAAAAUACACAGCAGUGGACAGUGCUCAGAUCCUGCCCUUUUCCACAGGCAUCUGGUCGGCCGCUGUGAGAACAGGACUGGAGGACCCGUUGGCCUGAUCCAGCAGGGCUCUUCUUAGGUUCUUAUUUUGAAGAAACUCUAACGCAAAGGAAGUACAGUGAACGCUCAGGUUGCAAAUGUGAUCUGUGCGGGAUGCACGUUCGCAACCCGCAGCGUUUGCAACCUGCAGCUGCACGUCUGUUCACGCACGAGUUGCGAUUCGGUGCUUCUGCGCAUUCACAAAGCGCAAUUUAGCACUUCUGCGUAUGCGCGACUGCCGAAACCCAGAAGUAACCCAUUCUGGUACUUCCGGGUUUCAGCGGUCCUUAACUCGGAAAAACGCAACCUGUUUUUCUGUUUGAAAGGCAGAUUUCAGAAAACCCACAGAAACAACUCCAAUAUACCAGUGAAUCAUUAUCCAAAGAUUUCCAGGAAGUGUCCGGCGAAUUGCCAAAAAUAACUUAUGCAGAGUCCCCCCCCCUCCAUGAAAACAGCUCAGCAGAAAGUUCCCCACCAGCAGUUUGUCAAACACACCACCCCUCCUGCAGAAAAGUGGGGGAACAAAAUAAUCAGGGGGAUGAAGCUUUCCUCCCACUUUCCCGCACCCCCCAUUUAAAUUAAACUUGUCCAUAGAAUCAUAGAAUUGUAGAGUUGAGAGGGCCACCAGGUAUAACCCUUUGAAAUGCAGAAAGAAGCAUGGAGAUAGUUUGAUGGAACACUGAAACCCUGGAUCAUCAAACUGAUUGUGGCAGUAGAUUUCAGGCAAGUGAAAAGGCAGAACGCGCCUCUCCUUCCCCUUACAGCUGUGCAGUGCAAGGAAUGACCUGGGGCAGCCCUGAGCGAUCUUGCUGCACAACAACAUUUUUUAGCAGAGCAGAGUUUGAGGAAGUCUCCUGUGUGCUUAUGUGUCUGUCCUUUCCUGUCUACCAGGAAGUUUGAGCCCCGCUUGAAACGCCAUGUGGCUGUCAAGAAAGUCCCUUUCGUCGACCAGGAGGGCAAUCGGGUGACGCCUCUAAAACCCAACGGGAUAAAGCUGGAGAAGUUUGUGUUUGAUGUGUUCCAGUUUUCUAAGUUAGUACCAAAUGUGUCUCUUUUCUCUUUCAGUGUAUCCUGUUCUUUGGGGCAGGAGUUGGGGAGACUUGGCCAAACUGGUGCCUGCCAAACAUUUUGGACUACACCUCCCAUCAGCCUCUGCUGGGCCUGAUGGGGGCACAGUCCAAAACAUUUGGAGCGCACCAGGUUGCUAAAUGAUAAUGGAACCAGCUGCUACGGGGUAAGGAGUUGUGACAACACAGGGUGUCUCCCAAACUUCUGAUAGCUUCUGGUUUUGUUUUCUGAAUCAAAAUGGCAGGCACACUUACCUGCUGCACCCUAGAGCAUUUUCUUUUUUUGAGGGAUUGAUUAUUGCAGUCAGUAGAUGAGAACAUUACAUGUGCAGCUGCAGCUGCUGUAACAGGGCAGAAUGGUGUGCCCUGGUAGCCUCUAGAUUACUACCAUGAGUUAUAUGUGGGGCUGCCUAUGAAAGCCGUUUGGAAUUUAUAUGCCUGGCUGCAUUAAGGUAAAGGGACCCCUGACCAUUUGGUCUAGUCGUGGCCGACUCUGGGGUUGCGGCGCUCAUCUCGCUUUAUUGGCAGAGGGAGCCGGCGUACAGCUUCCGGGUCAUGUGGCCAGCAGGACUAAGCCGCUUCUGGCGAACCAGAGCAGUGCACGGAAAUGCCGUUUACCUUCCCGCCGGAGCGGUACCUAUUGAUCUACUUGCACAUUGACGUACUUUCGAACUGCUAGGUUGGCAGGAGCUGGGACCGAGCAACAGGAGCUCACCCCGUCGCGGGGAUUUGAACCACUGACCUUCUGAUCGGCAAGUCCUAGGCUCUGUGGUUUAACCCACAGUGCCACCCGCACCCCACCUGUGCUCCUAAUAACAAUGAUGGCUCCACCAACAACAAUGAAAUUUUAAGCUUCUUUAUUAGAAGCUGUCUGAGCAGUGCUUUACACCAAAUGUGCUGUACAGGUAUGUGUGUAGAUAGAUAGAUAGAUAGAUAGAUAGAUAGAUAGAUAGAUAGAUAGAUAUUGAUUGCAUUCUGCUAGAAUCCAGAGACCCAGCUUGAAUGCAUCAUGUUUUUCAGAUCACCUAUCUAGAAAUAUUUAGUUCACAUCCACACCAUAAAUUAAAAGCACCCUUAUAUUGUUCUGCUUUAACAGUCAUGGGGACUGUAUUUUGUUAAGAGUGCUGGGAAUUAUAGGCACCCUGUGAAGUCAGCACCCUUAGACUACUUUUGGGGUGUGGAAGGCAUGGUGGCUAAAUUAUCUGUUUAUUAAUUAAAUUUAUUAGUCACAUGGGGGGGGGCAUGGCAACUUUAAAAGUCCACACCGUACAUACAUUAAAACCCGAGGAGGGGGGAAGAAGAGAUACAUUAAAACAUCCUACCCACUCUAAAAGGCCAUAGGUGGUUAAAAGCCAAAGCCGCGGUUAAAAAGGAAGGUUUUUGCCUGGUGCCUGAAGAUACGUAACGAUGGCACCAGGUGAGCCUUGCUGGGGAGAGCUUUCUACAAGCGGAAAGCCACCACAGAAAAGUCCCUGUUCUCCUUUUGCCCCUCUCCAGACCUCCUGGGCCUCGGAUGAUGACCGCAGGGUGCAGACUGGUUCCUAUGGUAUAAGAGUGCUUUUAAAUGUCUGGUGUGGAUGUGGCUUUAGUUUGCUUUUGCAGUCAAGUCCAACUGGAAUUGGCAGCUUGGAGAACAGCUGCAAGGUCUCGCUGUUUGCCUCCAAAUGCAUUCCUUUCAUGGAUAUGGCAAGUUACGUUUUCCUGGAUUCUGGAACGUGCCAUGGCCUCAAUGGCUCCAUGCACAUACAGGAGGGCACGACUACAACUGAAACUCCCAUUUUAAGCCUCCAGUUUCUCCCUUCUGUUAACAGGAAGUUCGUAGCCUUUGAGGUCCCGAGGGAAGAGGAGUUCUCGCCUUUGAAGAACUCCGAUGCGGCCGACAAAGACACUCCCAUCACAGCUCGCCGGUCACUCCUCUCCCAACACUACCGUUGGGCUGUGAAGGCAGGAGCUAGAUUUGUCAAUGGCAAUGGCCAGAGGAUACCUGAAGAACCAAGGUCUGUGAAGGCUUCUCCGAUUUAUCCUCCCCCAAGGGAUUGUGGGAACCGUAGUUUACCCCAAGGGGCCAGGGAGCACUAGAUGAAUUUGUGACAUGGAAUGCUGCCACAGUGAAACACUGUGUGCGUGUGGCCCCAUCGGCAGUAUGCGUAAAGCAGUUAUCACACCACUUUAAGCAGUCAUGGCUUCCUGCAAAGAAUCCUGGGAAUUAUUUAAGGGUCCUGAGAGUUGUUAGAAGACCCCCUACUCCUCUUACAGGGCUACAAUUCGUGGAGUGGUUUAGCAGUCAAGCCCUCUUCCCAGGAAACUCUGGGAGCUGUAGUUCUGAGUGGGGAAUAGCUGGGGGUCUGGUCAGGACUAACCGUUAAGUAUCUGUUUAACAUCCUUGCAACAGAUUUUUGGCCUCAUCCACACCAUACACUUGAAGCACUAUGAUACUACUUUAAACAGGUAUGGCUUCUCCCAAAGGAUUCUGGGAGCUGUAAUUUGUUAAGGAUUCUCAGAGAAGACCCUCCCUGCUCCCAGAGCUACAAUUCCCAGAGUUCCCUGGCGAUUGCUAAACCACUCUGGGAAUUGGUGCUUUUGGAGGGGAAUUGGGGUGGGGGGUUGUCUCCUAACACCUCUCAGCAGCUUCAGCAAACCACAGCUCCCAGGUUUCAUGGCUGUUCAAAGUACAGUGGUACCUCGGGUUACAGACGCUUCAGGUUACGGACUCUGCUAACCCAGAAAUAGUACCUUGGGUUAAGAACUUUACCUCAGGAUGAGGCGGCAGCGGGAGGCCCCAUUAGCUAAAGUGGUACCUCAGGUUAAGAACAGUUUCAGGUUAAGAACGGACCUCCGGAACGAAUUAAGUUCUUAACCCGAGGUACCACUGUAGUAUGAUAGUGCCUUAAGUGUAUAGCGCAGAUGAGAUCUUCUUGUGGAGAUAAAUUGUGCCCUCUGGGGUUUAUACCAGAGAGGGGAAGAGUGCAAUGAAGCAGCUUUCUCCAAGAUGGGGCUGGAUUCCAGCCACCUGCUGCAACCACCAAGAUGGAUGUUGUAUUCCAGCAGCAUUUGGAAGGCACUAGAUUAGGAGAAGUUGUGUUAACAUGCUGUGACCAAACUCUUAAUAUGGCACAGGGAAGGUUUUAUUUUGUUUUAUUUUAAAGGUGGGGCAUAAUAAUAAAACACAGGGUUCAGGAUUCAAAGCUUAUUGAGGUCAUCCUCUCUAAUCUGGGGUGCCUUUCUCCCCGUCCCAGGUGUGUGAGGCGAUAAAAUAAUAGAAUUGUAUGGUUGGAAGGGACCCAAAGCGUCAUCUAGUCCAAUCUCCUGCAUAUAGAAGUACAUUGCAGUUAUGCAUUCUGGUUGCAGUUAUUCGGGUGGCAAGGGAAGAACACUCGGCUAAUGCUCUGGUGCUUCUGUUUAUUGUUUACUUCAUUUAUAUGUGACUUGUCUUCCAAGCACCCAUGGUAGAUUACAGUUUUAAAAUACCAAAACCAAAUAGAUGAAAUAAAAUGUGAAGUUAGCCUCGGGCUGCGUUGAGCAAUUUCUGUUGUUGCCUUGGGCUGCCUGCCUCUCUUUUCUGUGGCUUGUCAUAUGUUUGCAGAGAGACAUUAUUUUCAUUUUUCUCUCUUUUCAGUUUAUCAGGAGAUGACGAACCACCCGCUGUAUGUGAGAUUUCACCUCUAGUCUCUUACUUUGGGGAGGUGAGGGCAACAUUUUAUGUGAACUCCUGUUAAGGAUUCAGUAUCUGCUUCUAAGGAAAUACGUUCUUAUUUCUGAGCCAGUGCAAAGAAUAUUGGGGAUGUUGUAGAGCAGGCACAGGCAAACUCCGGCCCUCCGUAUGUUUUGGAACUACAAUUCCCAUCAUCCCUAGGUAACAGGACCAGUGGUCAGGGAUGAUGGAAACUGUAGUCUCAAAACAUCUGGAGGGCCGGAGCUUGCCUAUGCCUGUUGAAGAGCCCUGAGAUUGAAGAAUGUUCACCCAACAUGGCAAAUAUGGGAUAAAACUCCCCAUGAGCAAACUCUCCCGUCAUAAGGGAUCAGGCAGUAGCGUCUUUCAACUGUGGCAGAGUCCAUAGCCUGGAACCGCAGAGCUAUAUAGGCUUUCCUCCAUUUGGAAUUGGUGAUGCUGGUUACAUAUAAUUACAAAAAACACAAAAUACUGUUGUGUCAGAAUAAUAAAAAAGAAAAGCAGCUAAAAAUAAUUUCUUCCCUAUUAUUAUUAUUAUUAUUAUUAAAAUCUUUUUGAUUGCUUUAUAAGUGUAUGUAUGUCACUUUUUGGGAUGCGGGUGGUGCUGUGGGUUAAACCACAGAGCCUAGGACUUGCCGAUCAGAAGGUUGGCGGUUCGAAUCCCCACGACGGGGUGAGCUCCCAUUGCUUGGUCCCUGCUCCUGCCAACCUAGCAAUUCGAAAGCACGUCAAGUGCAAGUAGAUAAAUAGGUACCACUCCGGUGGGAAGGUAAACGGCGUUUCUGUGCACUGCUCUGGUUCGCCAGAAGCGGCUUAGUCGUGCUGGCCACAUGACCCGAAGCUGUCCGCGGACAAACGCCUGCUCCCUCGGCCUAUAGAGCGAGAUGAGCGCGCAACCCCAGAGUCAGUCACGACUGGACCUAAUGGUCAGGGGUCCCUUUACCCUUUACCUCUGUCACUUUUAGAGUUAACAACUUAGGCAGGUCUCCAGAGGUUUUAAAUCCAGAAUGGGUAGCAGGGACGUAAGGGAGAAUCAGUAUGUGACAGGAAAUAAAGGCUGAAAGAUGGGUUACAGUAGGGGUCAGCAAACCUUUUCAGCAGGGGGCUGGUCCACUGUCCCUCAGACCUUGUGGGACUAUAUUUUGAAAAAAAUAAUGAACGAAUUCCUAUGCCCCACAAAUAACCCAGAGGUGCAUUUUAAAUAAAAGGACACAUUCUACUCAUGUAGAAACACGCUGAUUCCCGGACUGUCCGCGGGCCGGAUUUAGAAGGCGAUUGGGCUGGAUCCGGCCCCCGGGACUUAGUUUGCCUACCCAUGGGUUACAGCAGCAAGAGGAAACCUCUGGCUCUCCAGCAGCAACUCAACUCAUGCUUGCAUCAUCUCCAACCAUUGGCUGAGGCUGCUGGGAGUUGGCGUCUGACAUCUAGAGGGCCACAGAUACCUCAUACUCCUGACUUAGGGGUAAAAGUCGUGCUUAGAUUUACAAAUGGGUGGAUAACCUCAGGCCUGGGAAUUUAAUGAGACCCAUGAGGUUUUUCUGGCCGUUAGGACUCUCUGCAAGCUACUUGCCCCACUGAUGUGAGUGCUUUGCCUUGGCUUGAAUGUAUGCUGAACUGUGUCGAUGCCUCUUGACAUAUUCCGUGGAAGUAAGCUACAAAAGCAAGAGCCUCAUUUGUUACUCCAUCCACUUCCAUCUCUGGCCCUGACCAUCACUGUCAUGCAAACUCUGAAAGCUUGUCCAUAAGGGAAUGUGGCCUUUGGCUCAAAAUUGUUUUCUUUUGCAGGGACUAGAGAAGUACCUGAAAGCCAAAGACCUCCAGUCACCUUUUCUACUUGAUGAAACCAAAGCAGAAACAUUAACAAGAGCUUGAAUGAAGACCCAACUUGGAAGAUUGUCCUCUGCGACCAUCUUUUUGCUUGACUAUUGCUUUGUAAUUAAGAAAAGAAUAAUUUUGAGAAACUCUCAGUGUUUAUGAUACUAUAAAGCCAAAAUCUUCUAACUUUUCUGCUUCUGGGGUGGGGUUGUUAGGUCACACUGUGCCUGGAGAGUGAUGGUUUCUGCCCUUGAUUGUCCCAAUAGCAUUCUCUGCAACUUUCAAAGAGCUGUCUGAAAUAAGACCCACCAUCCUUACUAUGGCUGAGAGGCCCCUUGUGUGUAAUGCUGAAAUUGGAGGCAGCCCUGGUGGACGGGAUUCUUUGCUGGUGUCAACACUCAAAGGAACCAGAGAGGCAGCAGAUAGCUGAGCGGAACCUCUAAAUAGUGCUGCACAUAUUCCAUAGAUAUUAUUUACCAAUGCUGGGUGAAGGGGCUCUGUAUUAUCUUGGAGGAGCAUGACUCAGUGGCAGAACAAACAGGAGGACCCAUGUUUGAUUAUGGACAACUCCACUUAAAAGGAUGUUAGGUGGUAGGUCUGGAUAAAGCUCUGGGCUUCAGACCUUGGAGAUAAGCUUCCAGUGAGGAGCAAACAGUGCUUACCUAAAUCUGCAUUUGCAAGAACUUUAUACACUCAAAGUUAAAGGCAUUGUCUGUGUCCAGAAUCUCUUGCCUCAUCUUGGAAGUACUGCCCUGACUGCGGAAGAGACAGGAUCUGAAUUGCAUCUAUUUUGGCAGUGCCAUUUUGAAUCUGGUGUUUUCAGCUUGAGCUGAAAGCUUCCCUCUUCGCAAAUCUUUGUGUAGCAGAGUGCAUUGUUUUCUUUCUCCUUUUUAAUUAUCCCCAAACCAUCUUUUGAUACUGAUAAUGCCCUCCCUGAACUGGGACCCUCUAGUUGUUUUAGGACACUACAGUUUCUCUAAUCUGUGACCAUGCUGACUGGGGCUAAAGGGAAUCCAACCAUAGCUGAAGCCACCACAUUGGGGAAAGCUGCUUUAUACAUGUUCUGGAAGAAAGUGAUGAAAACCCUAUAUUGCCCGUUUUGUAAUUUUCACAUAUUAAAAGUGCUUUAAAAAGUCUA